AACCAUUUCCUAUUUAUUUCUUACAAAACCAAAAAUAAAAACUGAAAAAAAUCCAAAUUCGAGAAAGAAGAAGAAGAAGAGAAGAGAACCAUUAAGCCAUUCCUUCUUCCUUCUCACUCUGACACCGUCAAUCCUCAAAACCCUAAACCUUAAUUUUUCCGUAUUCGUUGUGGAAGAGACUGCUUCAGUGAGUCAGAGGUGGUUUAUGUGAAGUAUUGCUGACAAUGGCGUCUCUGGGUCUGUCUUUUCCUCCCGCCGCCAAAACGCCGACGUAUCUAGCCUCUUCGUCUUCAACUUUCUUCUCUAACUCUUCUCUAUCCGUCACAACCUCUCAGUAUCGCUCCCGAAACUCUGUCUUCGCUUCUUUUAAAUGUGACAUGCCGGAGUCAUUGAAUGUGGGAAACGGGAAUCCAAGUAUCCCAAUUAUUAAUGAGAGGACACUUCCAAAGUUCUUGGAAUCUGCUCGAAUGGAGAAAUCAGUCUGUAGAACCAGUACCAGGUUGAAGUUGUUCUCUGGUACUGCAAAUCCAGCACUUGCUCAGGAAAUUGCUUGGUAUAUGGGUUUGGAGCUUGGGAAGGUUAAUAUUAAGAGGUUUGCUGAUGGAGAGAUCUAUGUUCAGCUACAAGAGAGCGUUAGGGGAUGCGACGUCUAUUUGGUGCAGCCUACUUGCACUCCCACUAAUGAGAAUCUCAUGGAGCUUUUGAUUAUGGUAGAUGCUUGCCGAAGAGCUUCAGCUAAGAAAGUAACAGCUGUUAUUCCGUAUUUUGGAUAUGCAAGAGCUGAUAGGAAGACACAAGGGCGUGAAUCCAUUGCUGCCAAAUUGGUUGCUAAUUUGAUCACUGAAGCCGGUGCAGAUCGAGUUCUUGCAUGUGAUCUUCAUUCUGGACAGUCCAUGGGUUAUUUUGACAUUCCAGUCGACCAUGUGUACUGCCAGCCGGUGAUACUUGAUUAUCUUGCUAGCAAGUCAAUUUCCUCAGAGGAUUUGGUAGUGGUUUCUCCUGAUGUUGGUGGAGUAGCCAGGGCACGUGCUUUUGCAAAGAAAUUAUCAGAUGCGCCACUUGCCAUUGUCGAUAAAAGGCGUUCAGGACACAAUGUUGCUGAGGUCAUGAACCUAAUUGGUGAUGUAAAAGGGAAGGUGGCAGUAAUGGUGGAUGAUAUGAUUGAUACCGCUGGAACCAUUGUAAAAGGAGCAGCUUUGUUACACCAGGAAGGUGCUAGGGAGGUCUAUGCGUGCUGCACACAUGCUGUUUUCAGCCCGCCAGCGAUAGAGCGAUUAUCAGGGGGUUUGCUUCAAGAAGUGAUAGUGACAAACACAUUACCAGUAGCAGAAAAGAAUUACUUCCCGCAGUUAACAAUAUUAUCGGUGGCUAAUCUUCUGGGUGAGACCAUUUGGCGUGUCCAUGAUGAUAGUUCCGUCAGUAGCAUUUUCCUUUGACAUCUCUCAUUGCAACCAACCAUUUGAACGAUUCUUGGUUUUGUUAGACGGGUGAAGGGUCGGUUUAGAAAGUUUAUCUACCCCGGUUUAUGUUCUAACCGGCAAGCUUCACCAAAUUUGCUUUUGCUUUGUCUUUUGAUAGCUUAGGUUUUUCUUAUUUGUUCCACAUUUCAGUUAUAUGGAUCCACUAAUGGUCUUGAACCGAUUUUUGAUUAUAGUAUACACAAGUUUCUAAAAGUUCAA